AUGGAUACCAGUGCCGAUUCGAAUAUGGACACUGAUAACAGUGGUUCUACUUCUACAGGCAUCGGUAUCAUUGCCUCUGUCAACACUACAUCCUUGACAUUGGUUAAGGCCGAGAAACCAGAUCAUCUGGUAGGGACAUCGACGUCAUCUACUGUAACUACUGGACCAAUUGUCACCGGAAGUAAUCUUUUUACCGGUGUUGCUAACAGCAAUAAAAUAUCUAGAUCGGACGAUUGGCUAGCAGCGGACAGUCCGGAAUCGCCGCAGAAUUCUUUACCAAGUCAGAACGUGGUUUACUCUACUUCCCAGCAGCAAUUAUCGGAACAACAGCAAUCUCCUAUGGCCCAUUCCAGUCCGCUCGCACAUCAACAACAGCAAGUUAGCAAUAAUGGAUACGCGAGUCCUAUGAGUACCAGCAGUUACGAUCCAUAUAGCCCCAACGGUAAAAUAGGAAGGGAUGAACUAUCUCAACCAGGUUCAAUAAACGGUUACGGAAAUAAUUCUGGGGGAAGUGGCGGCGGAGGUGGCGGAGGUGGUGGUAGCAGCAGUGGUGGCAGCGGUGGCGGAGGCAACGGGGUUGGAAGUGGUGAAGGACCUGAUGCAAAGAAAAGAAAAGGUCCCACACCUCGACAACAAGAAGAAUUGUGCCUUGUAUGUGGCGAUCGUGCGUCUGGUUAUCAUUACAACGCCCUUACAUGCGAAGGCUGCAAGGGGUUUUUCAGACGAAGCAUCACUAGGAACGCUGUAUAUCAGUGCAAAUACGGCAAUGGCUGCGAGAUCGACAUGUAUAUGCGCCGCAAGUGCCAGGAAUGCAGACUAAAGAAGUGUUUAACGGUUGGCAUGAGGCCGGAAUGUGUUGUGCCCGAGUAUCAAUGUGCGGUAAAAAGAAAAGAGAAAAAAGCGCAAAAGGAAAAAGAUAAACCAAACAGUACGACAAUGAACGGUUCACCAAGCAGCGCUGGAAUGGGCGAUCAAAUGGGCGUCAAAAUUGAACCAGCGGAAGCCGAGUCGUUAUCCAUGUCCGGAAGUAGCGGCAUUCUCACUCCUAUCAGUCCUUACACCUGCGUUAAGCCUAUUAGUCCUGAACAGGAAGAACUGAUAAAUAGGCUCGUGUCUUUUCAAUGUGAAUUCGAACAACCGAGCGAAGAGGAUCUGAAAAGAAUUACUAAUCAACCAAUGGAAGGCGAAGAUCCGAGUGAUUACAGUUUCAGGCAUAUUACUGAAAUCACGAUUCUGACUGUUCAAUUGAUCGUCGAAUUCUCAAAGAGAUUACCCGGCUUUAAUGAGUUGUUACGUGAAGAUCAAAUCACUCUACUGAAAGCAUGCUCUAGUGAGGUGAUGAUGCUACGGAUGGCAAGAAAGUAUGAUGUGCAAACCGAUAGCAUCAUUUUUGCUAACAAUCAAUCGUAUACACGUGACAGUUAUAAUGUUGCCGGAAUGGGAGAGACCAUUGAAGACCUUUUGCGAUUCUGUCGACAAAUGUAUGCUAUGAGAGUUAAUAAUGCUGAAUAUGCUUUGCUCACAGCUAUUGUCAUCUUUUCAGAAAGACCCAAUUUGUUGGAAAGCAGAAAAGUGGAGAAACUUCAAGAAAUCUACUUGAAGACUCUGAAAGCAUAUGUGGAUAAUCGUCGUCGACCGAAGUCCGGUACGAUCUUCGCUAAACUUUUAUCAGUUCUAACCGAACUCAGAACCCUUGGUAAUCAAAACAGUGAAAUGUGCUUGAACCUGAAAUUUAAGAACAAGAAGCUGCCACUUUUCCUCGCCGAAAUCUGGGACGUGGUGCCCUAGUUUCCCUGUCGCCGAUUAAUGGCGAUAGCGCCGGUCGGCUGAAUAAAUCUUUUGACGUCGCAGUAGCAGCAAUAGCAACAACGACGUCGAUGGACGCAUGGACGUGGAAAACGGCCUGCGUAAUUCUUAUACUAGUGCACCAUUAUGCCACUGCCUCAACAUCGCAAGUCAACAUAUUGUAUUAGUGCUAUUUUAGAUUUAUUUUGAUCAUUUGUUUUUUCUUGAUUGACCAUCUUUAGUCACCCUAGAUUGAUCGAUCCUCAUAUGGCUUAUAAGGCAAGCAUAUGUAAACCGGUCCCACAUUAUUCGCGUGAGACUUAUGUGUGACGCAAAGAAAGUCAUUGUAUUCUUUAUAAAGAUUCUUUGUAGAUUUAUGUAUAUAUGAUACUGCAAAAAAGGAAAGUUAUAAAUGUGUGAAAAUGAUUAAUGAUAAAAUAUACAUUUGAAAACAAAAGUAUUGAUCAAGAUACACACGAUUAAAUAUUUUUAAAUAUUGUGAUUAGAAAGAUUUGAUUCAAAUCAAUAAUCAUUAUAAUCAAAUAAAAUAAAAUACAGAAGAUGAUGAAUGAGAUAAAUACUCUGGUGCGCCAGCAUUACUGGCGUUCCAGCAUCUAUCUCACGCUUCAUCUUUUUCAUUUCAUUCCGUAAGAGACUAGAGUGAGGGAAGCGUUUAGGCUUUGGAGCUAAAAUUGGACAUGUCUGCUUUAUACUUUAUUAAUGAUUCAAAGAAUAUAUCUGUAUGAUUCAUGAAACUAUCGUUUUUUGUAGAUCUUUUGAAGGUAACCAUUUAUCACACACACACACAAAUCUGUAACUUUUAUAAUUUUCAUAUAUUAUGAUUAUUUAAAUUGAAACAGUUAUACUUACUUAAUCGUACCAAUACCUUUUUUUAUUCAUAUAAUCGCAAAUAUUAUGUCGCUUGCGUUAAAUUUACGUGAACCGUGUGGGAUUGGUUCAAAAACGCGGAACAGGAAAGGCCUCGCACAUUAAAGAUACACGCAGAAAAUUAAAGAUACACACAUGUUCCAAAUAGGAGUAAGGAAAGGAAUGGGAAUAAAAAUAUUUCGUUGUAAGAAAAAGGCAGUGGCGCGGCCCAGGCUGUGAUACAUAGAGAACAGAGGUUGAAGGUAUAUAAAGAAAGCUACCUGCAAUUUACAUUUUAUCGCUAUUUCCUCUACCUGGAUACAUCCUUACACACAAUCGAUAUGUAAAUGUAAUGUAUUAUAUAAUAAGGUAUUGAUAUAUUUGAAGAAUGUGUGUUGUCACAUUUGUCAUUCAUGAGAAAAUGAAUAGCAGCAAGCGCGGUUAAUAUAAGAAAGGGAAAAGAUAGAAAAUUAUGUUGGCAGGAUGAGACUAAUUGUAAAAAAUCGUGAAUGAUCGCGAAGAAAUGAUUUAAACAAUCGCCGAUGUUGCUGACGAAGAGCAACAAAUUCAAAGAUUAAAAUCUGUAGUUAUCAAUAACAGCAUUUUUCCAGAUAUUGAUCUUAAAAAAAAUUUAAAGGAAUGAAGUCCUUAACGUAUAUAACUGUUAAGCAGCUUCGCAUAAAUGAAACGCGAAAAAGAAAAAGAAAAGAAAAUAGAUAUGAUAUAUAUAACAAUAGCAUAGAGUCUAUAUCACUCAUACAGCAUAAUAUAUCUUGCUAGCAUGUGCAUUGUUUAUACUAGACAGAAGGAGAAAGAGUGUAGGGAAUAAGCGUGUGUAUGCGCGCGUGUGU